CUCCUCCUCCUCCUCCUCCCCUUUUUCUUCCUCCUCCCCUCUCCUCUCUCUUCUCUUCUCUUGCAGCCACACCAUGCCCUACCUCCUGCAGUCGAGUGCUCUGAUGCCCUUUGAUGAGGCGUGUCAGACCUUUUCCCAGCAUCGCCAUGCCCCAUCGCACUUCUGGUGCGGCCCUGACAUCCCGUGUGGCGGUGGCUUCUCUGACCAGGACCACCUUGGGAGUCCCAAGCACCUGGCCCUGGAAAGCCUCCUCCAGCAGGCCCCCGACACUUGGACCAUCGAGGAUUGCAAGCGGGUGUUGGGUACGCCGAAUUUGACCGCCCACUCGGCGGCCGCGGUGCAGGAGAUUCCGCUGCCAAAUCCGACAAUCACCUCGUGCGAUGGGGAGGUGUCGUUGCUUGGCACCCCGCUCGAUCUGCCGGUGUGGGUAUACUUUUGGCGCGGUCGUGCGGCCUUUGGCUGGCUCAAGUUCGCUCCGAACGGGCAGCUGGUCGACCGUGGCAUGUGGAUGACCUUCGAGUAGACUGGGCCUUUGUCUUGCCUUCCCUGCGCGCCCCCCCCCCCCCCACCUCCUCCACGCCAGGCGGGCCCGCUCACGCAAUACAUCUGCCCUGUCAAGUGUCCGGGCUGGCUGUGCCCGC